UCAUCACUCUCGACCUACCCGACAACGUAAUCCCAAUCCCAAAUACUUUGGAAGUCAGUUUGUCAACCACACCACUCUUCAUCCUAUAUUACCUGCCCGGCUGCCCUGGAACCAUCGAGUGUGAAAGAAGCCUUGGCGGAUCCUAAGUGGCAUCAGGCCAUGCACGAGGAAAUGGAGGCUCUACACCGUAACCAUACCUGGACACUAGUUCCUCGUACUGAUCACACACCCAUCACAUGUAAAUGGCUCUUCCGGAUCAAACGGAAUGCUGAUGGCAGUAUUGCACGGUACAAGGCACGACUUGUUGCCCGGGGAUUCUUGCAACAGGCUGGUCGUGACUAUGCCGAAACUUUCAGUCCGGUUACUAAACCGGCCACCAUUCGUAUUGUACUAGCCAUAGCUCUCUCCCGUCAGUGGCCACUACGUCAAUUGGACGUAAAUAAUGCAUUCCUACAUGGCUCCUUGUCGGAGGAAGUCUAUAUGUUGCAACCGCCGGGGUUUAAAGACUCAUCUCACCCCACACAUGUGUGUCGUCUCCGAAAGGCUUUAUAUGGCCUUAAGCAAGCACCACGUGCGUGGUAUCUUGAACUGUCGAGGUUCCUUAUUUCUGCUGGUUUUCGGAGGUCCAAGGCCGAUGCAUCUUUAUUUAUUUUUUCUCACAAUAACAUUUUGUUAUACUUUCUUGUAUAUGUUGAUGAUAUAGUGCUCACCGGAAAUCAGCCUGCUGCUUUGGAACAGUUCAUACAGCAACUCACGACACGUUUUUCAGUUAAAGAUCUUGGCUCACUACAUCAUUUUCUUGGUGUUGAAACAAUUCCACAUCCUGAAGGGCUAUUUCUUACUCAACGCCAAUACAUAUUGCAUAUUCUAGAGGAGUGCCACAUGGAUGGAGCUAAGGAAUCUGCCAUCCCCAUGAGUAGCAGUUCUCCUCCUCAUGUCACGGAUGGCCAGCAUCCGGCUGAUUCUACACAGUACCGACGCGCUCUUGGUCUACUACAAUAUUUGGCGUUCACCCGUCCCGACAUUUCUUUUGCAGUUAAUAAGUUAUCUCAAUACAUGCAUGCACCUAUGGAUGUUCAUUGGCAGGGAGUUAAACGUAUCUUACGGUAUCUCAAAGGUACCUUGAACUUUGGUCUUUUCCUGAAACGGUCAUCCCCCCUUACUCUUACUGCCUUCUCAGAUUCGGACUGGGGGGGAAUUCAUGAUGGGGGGAAAUCUACCACUGCAUAUGUGUUAUACCUUGGGUCAAACAUUAUUUCUUGGAAAUCUGCAAAGCAAAAAUCUGUAUCUCGAUCAUCUACGGAAGCUGAAUAUAGGGCUGUGGCUCAUACCAGUGCUGAGAUCUUAUGGGUACAAAAUCUUCUUCAGGAAUUAGGAGUCCAACUAUCUCAACCUCCUCAGUUGUUAUGUGAUAAUCAGGGAGCGACAUAUGUGUGUGUGAAUCCAGUCUUCCACUCCCGCAUGAAACAUGUUGCUCUUGAUUUCUUCUUUGUUCGUGAUUUGGUUGAAUCUGGACAACUUUCAGUUCGCCACAUUUCCAAUAAGUUUCAAAUUGCUGACAUACUCACAAAACCGCUAGGUAAAGUUCCAUUUGAAAGAUUUCGGUCCAAGCUGGGUGUUUCUGACGGAACCUCCAUCUUGCGGGGGCGUAUUGAAGCAACAUAAUUAUCCUUAAUUAUUAUCUCUAUUAUUACGUACCAUACAUACGAGUAGCUAGUUUGUUAUUCUACUAUUUUAUCUCCACAAUUGUAGAUAGUAAUCAUUAUCUUACUAGCUAUCCUCAUAACUUAUACGUGUAUAUAAACAUCAUCUGGUAUAUUGUAUUUAUCAAGAUCAAUACAAUUAUUCAUACUUUAUAUUAAGAAAGUGUGUGUGGAACUGUUACUCCAGUGUACAUCCAAAGGUGUGGCGUUGAAAUUUCAACAGAAAAUUACGUUGAAAACGC